AGAUUUCAAUCUGCAAUCACCAACUAACAGUUACAGAAAAACACACACAGUAGUAGUGCUCUCUCUCUCUCUAUCAUCUCAUCUUCAAAGCAAAGAUCCCCCAAAACCCAAUUGUUUUUCUUCCUUGUGAUUUGAGUUUCACUUUCACCUACUACACUCUUGCUUAAGAUUCCUCUAAAUCAUACUCCCUCUCUCUACCGGUCUGAGAAUCUUGUAAUUUUCUCGCUCUAAAAACUCUUUCUCUAUACAGACGGUUUGUAUCACGGAUUGUUAGGGAAUGUGGAGUUGAUGUUUGAAUUGGCUGGUAAUGGCAGGCGAAGUUGAAGAGCCUUUUAGCCUUAGUUUUCAGCCUGAUUCUUUACACUCUGGCUCUAUCUCAUUUGGAAGGUUUGAAGCGGAAUCCUUAUCUUGGGAAAGGAGGUCAUCUUUCUCACACAAUAGGUAUCUUGAAGAGGUUGAGAAGUACAAAAAACCAGGCUCAGUGACUGAGAAGAAGGCUUAUUUUGAAGCUCAUUUCAGAAAGAAAGCCCUUCUGAGCCAGAGUUCAUCUGAGUGCCAAAAUGGAACAGAAUACGAAACUAGUGAAAAUGACUUAUCAGAGAGUGUGGGUUACAGAGAAGAAUUUGAGUAUGUCAAUGAGGAUAGCUGUUUUACACACUUCGAUGAGAGUCCUGAUGGUUCAGAAUAUAACAGAGAGUGUAAGAUGAUGGAUUGUGAAAGAGAAGAUAUGGAAGUUUCACAUUCAGAACCUAUAAUUGAACCUUCUAUCAAUAUUGCUGAUGCUGUUGUGGACAGUGUUCCUGGGCAUGUCAUGGCUGAGGAAACAAAUCAAAUUGAAAUGGGAACUUCACUUUUAGUUGAUGCUAAAACAGGAACCGAGAUACAAGAAAAUUUUAAUUAUGAAGCUGUAGUGCUUGUGACAUCUAAAGCCAUUGAUUCAUCCCCUAAAAGUCACACUGCUGAGAAAGAUUAUAGUUCUAGUCCUGAACAUCAACAGGAUCCAUCCACCAAGGUUCAGAGAAAUGUUACAAGUGAAUCACAUAAUGACUCUGCAAAGAAAAUUAGUAGAGGGGAAAGAGAUGGUUCACUGAGAACAAAAGCAGAAAAGCAGUCAUCACAUACUUCUGGGCCAACCAUACGUUCGAUAUGCAGGACUUCAAAGCCAGAGGACUCUGAAAGAUCCAAAGCUAAAGCAUAUCAUGACAAAAAAAGUGAAUAUCAGUAUACUGCACCGGAGAUGGUUGUUCCAAGGGAAGAUCAAUCUGCAAACAGGCCUAAGCAGAGUCCAACUUCAACUAAACCAGGCAUCAAGAAGAGUGCUGCAGGUUUCAAUUUCAAAUGUGACGAACGAGCAGAAAGGAGGAAGCAGUUUUAUACAAAGCUGGAAGAGAAAAUGCAUGCUAAGGAGGCCGAGAUUAAUCAAAUGCAAGCAAAAGCACUGGAGAAGACAGAAGCUGAGGUUAAACAAUUUCGAAAAAGCCUCAACUUUAAAGCAACACCUAUGCCUUCUUUUUAUCAUGAAGCUGUAAAAAGUGGAUCGGAUAAGAAGAAGACUGUAUCAAAUAACACCAGACCAAUAAAACUACGAAGCCAGUCAUCGAGUUCAGGAGGUAAAGAUGCUGUGAAAUCUUCAUCCUAUGCAAAGGGAGGAAAGGAGCAAGUCUUUUCUGUUGGUGAACCUGUAAAGUCAAAUGACCCACCUCAAGCUUCAGGAGAAACCAACUGCCCUACAAUUGUGCCCUCUGAAACCGGUGGAAUCUUUCUGCAUUCAUCAACAAACAGAAGCCAGCAUCCAAAAGCUAAAAUAAUUAGUGAGGUGACUCAGAAGAAAGACCAAGAGAAAGAUAAGGAUAUGAAUCUGCAGAAACACCGAGUUUCGGGUUGUAGCAGGGUGAAAAAAGGCCAGAAAGUUGAGGUAAAGCGAAAAAUGGGUGCUGGGAGAAGUAGCAACGGGAAGAUGAGGGAGGAUAUGAAAGGUAUUGGUGCUGGCAGUGGUUCAGGAACUGGUCAUCUAGUCGUUGGUGUUGCCUCUUGAUCAUGUGCAUUUCCAUUUUCCAUUCAUCCAUAGCUCCUUUAGAGUGAAGCUAUCUUGAAACACAUCCAUGAGUUCAUAAAAGAAGUGCAUCAAUAUGCUGAUUAGAAAAAGUGGCUGAUACUAAUAAUGUUCGGUGAAAAUCUUCCUGGGAAUGUGUUUCGGAUUACAAAUCUUCGCGAUCAAAUACUAAAAAGUUGGCACAUGCUUCCGCAAUUUCCACUCUUUUUCUACAUUCUCAUAUAUACAGCGCGAGCUGGGUGAUGUAAUUUAUGAUUAUAUGGAUACUAAUGUUGGCUCUGUUUUUACGAGUUCUUGCAGUUGCUAGUCUCAUGGAAAAUUGUACAAAUUCAGUUGAUCUGUAUUUAUCCAUGCAUGAUCUGUAUCAAACAUUUUGAGCAGUUUGAUGUUUCUGAAAUAUAUCCAUAUUAAUAUAUGAAGAAUAAA